AUGGCCUGCAUUAUUGACUGCACCUCGUUCCUCGCAACCGCAAACACAGCUUGCCAAAAUAUCAACCACGUCGACGUUUUCACAACCGUCCCCAUCCCCGGCAACGACCCCGUCCGCGACACCUGUCUCUGCAAACAAUCCAUCAUCUCCAGCAUGCACGAUUGCGCUCUCUGCCAGUUCAAGAAUAACAUCGUCCCGACCGAUAGAACUUGGGAUUAUAUUAACGCCUGUAACACGACGUAUCCCGACAGAAAGUUGUAUCUGAGUGGGGCUGUUGGUGCGCCGACCGCAUCCAAGUCAGGAGUCUUGCUGGUUGCCAUGUUAGCGGUGACAUUGUUCUCUGGCUCAUUUUUCGGAUAG